AUGAGUGAUAAUACUGUUGGCGUGGCCGUUGGUUGUGCUGUAGGAAUACCCAUCGGAGUGGGGAUUAUAGUUGCGUUUGGGUUUUGGUAUCGAAUGCAGAGGAGAUUCAAGGAAGAAGAGCUGGAACACGACGGGCAUUCAAAUUUUGAUGAAGAGAUGAGUUUCAACGAUAUGGGUGUGAUGAAGAUGCAGCAGGCUGGUGAGCAUGUUCAGGAGAAUGAGCACGAAGUUCAUGGGAAUCACGUUUCGUCCGAUGAAACGGCAUCGUCCAGUGAGGAGAAGAGGGAAAGGGAAGUGGAUCAUACUAGUACUCAGCUAAAGAAUAACUCGUCUACCGGGUCCAUCAGUAGGGGUAAAUCGGGGAAAAGGAAUAUAUAUACGCCUGCAUAUCGUAAACGGUUGCAGGAAACGGUUUCCUCAAUACAGAAACCCAUGGAUUUUGAUUCGAGCAAUAACACGAAAAGUACUUCUACUUCGAUCACGUCUGCAGAUACUCCAAAGAGACAGAGUAGUCAGAUCAACAUGUUCGAUAAGAUGAUACCGAUGCUGCCCGAUGCUGCAGUUGGUGGAAAUGGAUCAGGAUCCAUUUUUGACGAGGGAUCUGUGCCCAGGAGAAAUUCAUCGAAUGAAACUCUACUAAAAACGAUCGGAACACUCGAUUUGGGUGCAUAUCCAAGGCGAGGUUCGUCAGUACAAAUUUCCGGUAUGAAUAAUAAUAAUGCCAUCAACAAUCAUAAUAUUAAUAACGCUGAUAACUCUAUCAUUUCGUCGAGACAUUCGUUAACAUCGCUGCAUACACACAUGUCUUCUCCAAGUACGAAUUCAAAACCUAUAAUAGAGAAUGUAUUCGACACGCCGAAAGGUUCUAAAGUGUUGACCUUACCAGCGGAAAACGAUUCAUCUGAACAAUAUAGGCUACAGAAUAAUUACGAUAUCAGAGAUGAUCAUCACAUUGCUGAAGAAGAUCAGUACGAAAAUGAGUUCACGAACUACUCGGAGAAUAAAAGGGAAUUUAUCGAUUCUUUGAGACCAAAAAGACAAACAUAA